GAUCAAUAGUAUCAAAGGUAGCUGAGAAAGAUAUAAAUUGCUCUUAUCUUUUAUUCCCUGAAGUUAAUGAUUUAUCACCUUGGUAUAAAUGAGCCUGUAUCAUUUCCGGUGGAUUUUUCCCUAUUAUCUUCCGCCAUGAAUUCCUUCCUCGCAGCCGUGUGCCUCAUUUCAGGUCUUGUGACACCGGGUUGCGCCCUCGUCUGUACGGAGGGUGUAAGCUCAGAUCCCUCGUCCACCGGUAACAACGUAACCUGCUCUUCUGACCUUGUUUGCAUAUCUCUAUAUCAAUCUAUAUAUCCAGAACCGAAUCCAAUGAACUAUUUCAUCAGAGGCUGUGGAGAAAAGAGCAUCUGUGGAAAAUCUGGAGUGAUGGAUCUCCGAGUCAGAAAAGAGAGAUUCAGCGCCACCUGCUGUGAAUCAGACUACUGCACACCGCCCCCUCCUGUCUUGCCAUCUUUGCAUUACAAUGAGAACGGUAAAAGCUGCCCAUUCUGUGACCCCAACGAAGGUUUGGACUGUAUAGCCAAUAAAAACGUGUCUUGCACAGGGGAUGAGGAUCAGUGUGCGUUAUACAUCGUAGAAGUGUCGGCCGGACCAAACAGGGAAGCAUCUACACGUGGUUGUGCCUCGAAACGUUUCUGCGACCAGGGAUCCUGGAAGAUGGAAUUAGAAGGCGUUACGAAGAAAGUGACCGUGAAAUGCGGCGCCAGCACAGCGUUAUGUUCUAUCCUAACACUACUAAUAUUGGCUGCGGCCUCAUUGAUAUCAAAUGUCUUGUAGGUUCCCCCUCCCCCUUUUUUUUAACCACUUCCCGCCCGGGCCUAUAGCAGAAUGACGGCCGGGCGGUGGUUCAGU